AUAAAUUAGUUUAGCGUGAAAUCAGUUGUAAAAAUAGGCAGCCACAUAUUUUAUACAUAUUAGUUACCUAUGUACAAUCGGAGUAAUGUUUCUUAAGUUUUCAUAGGAAAUAUUUAGAGAAAGAGACAUAAUUUACAUACAAUAAUGAUAUCUCCCAUUGCCCGUUCCGGUGAAAGGAAUGGUGGCGUAAGGGAAUCGAACAAGGUAUUCGGGUCAACUGGCUUAUUGAUCUUGCUGUAUCCAACAAGCACACAUCUUUAAGUUGAUGUUUCAAGAAGAAGAAAAUGAAAUGCAACAGCUACCUUGACUGACUGCACUGUGAACCGAUUUCAAGUAGAGAUGUGCCAUCUGUUCUAAAGAAUUUUGUGCAAUAUAUGUCCAAAAUGGCAUAGUCCCAAACCCUCUUGUCUAGUUGAAAAUGCUGCUUGUAUAAUUGUUUGGUUAAGUUUUAAUGUUGGCCCUUUUUUAAGCACAGGAUAAAAGGUGUAUUGUACAGCUGGAAUCACUGGAUAAAAGGUGUAUUGUACAGCUGGGAGUUCAGAACAGUUUUCUGAAAUCCAAUUUCCCACAAUGUCAUCACCAUUUUCAAGCCUAAAGAAAGGAAAAUCACCAUUUCUGCCAGGUCACAUUCCAGGUCACAGACCUAUUCCUUUUCGACAUCCUGAAUAUUCUGAAGAUGAAAGCAGAUUGCUGGAGGAGAUUACAACAAGUAUGGCUGCCAGCAGAAUGAAGGCAGUUGACCCAUUUAAAGGUGGUCUUCCUACAAACUUCAUGGAUACUUCACCAAACCCAUCUCUUGUUGGCAUUAAUCAAGGGAUAAACAAUUCUUCAGAUCCAGAACCAGGAUCCUCCACUCCAACAGAUCGAGAACUUAUGAAACUCAUGAUGGCACGUCUUACUGUAAUGGAACAGAAAGUUCAUUCUCAGGAAAGAGAGAUUAAAGAAAAAGAUCGAUAUAUUAAGGUCCUAGAAGACAAACUUCACAUUUUAAGUAAAGCACGCUCUGAUUUAAACCCCGAGAAUGAUGACAAGGAGAAUAUAAACAACAGUCGACGUGUUCAGGAGCUAGAACAGCAUUGUCUGCUCCUACAGCAACAAGUUCAUGAGAUGGAGACAUUCUUGGCUGAUUAUGGCAUGGUUUGGGUUGGAGAACAAGAUGAUGAAAAUGUAGAAGUUUACAUCCCAUGUGAAGAUUGCACAAUUCAGGGAAAAGAAAGAGAACAUGGAACACAAACUUUAUUAGAUACCAGUGAGGAGAACACUUUCAAGAUUGAUUUCAAUUUGAUCAUGCAGAAUAUUCACGAUUUAAAUUUGAUUGCUGGGGAGGGGGAAGCAAGGGUCUACCACACUGCUGAUGGGGCCAGACUAAAGCGACCAGAACCUGUUCCUCUAGCAUUUUAUGCAAACGGAAUGAUAAUGUUUGACGGGCCAUUCCGGCCAUACACAGAUCCUGCAACUGUUCAGUGUCUGCAGGAUAUUCUUGAUGGCUUUUUCCCAUCUGAGCUACAGAGUCGCUACCCUGAUGGGGUGCCGUUCAGUGUGCGGGACAUGCGGUUCGUAUUUUUCCAACCCAAACGAGCUACAGAUGUUUUUUCAGGUGUUGGCCAGAUACUGGGAGGCGAAGAACAACAACUCUCUCGGCUGGUGCCCAGUGAUUCACAAAAUGUUUCACAGUAUUGCCAUGAUGAAACACAGUCAAAAAAUUCAAGUGUUACAUCAAAAUUGCCAGGAAGAGAGAUGACAGUUGCAGAAUUCUUAAGUAAACUGCCAAAAUCUGUUGUCAAAGGUGGGAAAGUGAUUGAUAUCCGUAACAGUGUAGGAAACACUUUGACAGGAGAAAGCAGCUCAUUCCCUUCAGCUGAAAGACCACAAAUCACAGUGGUUGAGACUUCUGUAACCAAAAGCAUCCAAAGGACUCUGGCAGAGUCCAAAAGAGAGAGACCCAAAACACCACGUGAUGUUACCACCCUUAGAAUCAAAUCAGAGAGUGGUAACAACACUUAUAUUGUGAAGAUGAGAUUCAAUGAAACUGUUGGGGAUCUGAGAAAAUAUCUCAACCAGCACAGAGAUGGAGAGUCUUCUGAGUAUGAAAUUUCCUCAACUUAUCCUAGAAAGCAGUUAGUUGAUGACAAUGCAUCAAUGCAAGAGUGUGGGCUAGUACCAAAUGGAGUUCUGUACCUUCGUGCCGUGAAAAAAAGUAACUGACUUUUUGCUGGGCUUGCCUCAACAUAAUUGUAGAUGUCAUCCAUUUUAUAUGUACAGAAGUUUGUGUGCAUAUGUGUGGAGGUUCUGUCAUGGGAGCUUCCAGGUUUUUCAUGUGUAAAACAGGAAUGUCCCUGCUUUGUGGAAAAGACAAGACUGUGUCUUUGUGUUCAGGUGCGCAUGUGUCCAUGUGUGUGUGUGUGCAAAAGAGAUUUGAGUGAGAAUGACUGAGAGAAAGAAAUAAUGAGUAAAAGUGUAAUAUGCUGCAAUUUUUUUUCCAUUUAAUAAUAACUGUGCCCUCUCCACUGAAACUCCUGUGCUAUAUUUUCAUUCUGAUCACAUGACAUAAUUAUUUUUCUGCUAUUUAAGAAAAUCAGAUGAAAAAAGCAUGUAUGUUCUUGGUGAUGUAAACAGAGAAACAGUAGAUAAUCAGAUGUUUUGCUUAACUUAUGGUAUGAGUUUAUGAUUCACUCCUAGAUACUUGUAACUGAUCCCUUCCUUCUCCAAUUCAGUUAUUUUGUGGUUUUUUUUUCUUUUGUUUACCGAGACUUCAUCAUCCAUGUGUCAUUCUGAUUAUAAAAAUGCAGAGAUUAUUCACUGUCAAAGAGAUUCAUUCUUUUGUCUUUGAUGGUGCAGAGUUUCGUACAGAUCUGUUAUAAUUAUUGGCCUUGAAUUAAGUUAAUUUGCCCUGAGAUUAAUGUGGUUGCUAAAACUCCCCAACAACUUUUGGGACUGCCGUAUAUGCCUAUCUUUGACAUGGGGAAAGGGAUUUUGUUCCCAAGGGUCUCCUGAUGACCAUCCUUUAAAUGCUACCUGCAUAAAUAUUGAAUGGGACUUUAGUCCUGUUCCUCUCUUUGAUUUGUCGGUGUUAAUAAGACUGAUUUCCGUUGUUGCUGAGUGCAGGUUUUGGUGCCAGCUGACCUGCGUAAAGAAAUAUUCCAGUAGUAAUAGUGCAGUGUUGAGGCAUGUCAAUCGUUCUUAAAUAAGUAUAAAUUUUGAUUUCAGUUCUUUAGGCAAUAAGUCAGAGUAGUAUGCCUAUUCAAUUCUGUUAUCAGAACCAAAGACAAGUUUAUAGUGUUGUAUAGCUCUGGUUGCCUAAGUGAAUCUUCCUUCAGGUGUUGAUGUUUAGGUCUUUAUGUGACAUAGUGAUGUGGGUGUCUUUCACAUCCCUACAAUAAGUAUUUUCUAAACCAAAUUUCCUGGUCCUCCUUUUAAUCCAUGAAUGGUGCCUUGCCAGAUAAUUUGUGACUGAUGAGAUACCUCUGAUGUAUCACUUUCUUUCCUUCCUUGUAUUUGCCUGAGUAAACUCUAUACCGACCUGAAUCACAUAAUCUGCUUUUGCCAUGUAAUGUGUUCUUUCUUGUAGCUGUCCAGCUAAUUAAAAUGAUCUUUGACUUGUGACCUUCUGGUAUAUUCUCCUUUUCUAUAUUUCUCAUUCUCAGGAGAUUCAGUAAGAGCUGAUGAAAAUGUUUCUUAAUUGACAUUUUGCCUUAUUUGUUUGUAAAUGAAUACAUAAUUUAAUUGUGCGAUUUCAUUUUCACUUGUGCAUCUACUUGGCAUGCAGAUGUUCUUGAAAUGCCUAAAAAAGCAAAAGUGUUUGCCUAUGGAUUUUAUAGUCCUGAGAUAUAUAUAUGUGUGUAGCUUCUCAUGGCAUCAUUAACCUAACGAGGAAGGAGAUGCUGUUUAAGACUGAUUUCUGUGUUGGCACUUCAAAUACAAGUUUUAUAACUUUCUCUGAAAGCUUUUAAAAUACAUUAUUCCAUGGGAUUUUCAUAAAGCCACAUAUGAAGACAAUCACUGUUGUGUUGGUGUGGUUGCCUGUCAGCACUAGAAAGACAAGAUACCCAUUACCAAGAUCCAUACUUCUUUGGUUUGUUCAUUAUUUACUGAGAAUUUACAUGUCAAUUCUGCAUAUAGUACACUAACAAUGAAUGCCAUUUUCUGCAGGUUGGCAUCAUAGUAUUUGCAUCUUCACAAAAUCCAGGGCUCUACUAAUCACCAUUCCUUUCUCAGAGGAUUGUUUUUAAGGCCAGUCAUUUGCUUGAUUUUUCGUCUUACACAUUUUUGGUGGAUGUUAUUUUGUAAACUCAGCAGCCAUUUAAGCAGCAUGUUACAUUGGUAGACAUCAGUUUGCAUGGAGAUUUUAUUUUAGCACUUUUGUUUAUAGAUUUUUUUCAUGGGGAUUUUAAAGGGUGUAAUUUAUUUUUGAUGGAUAAAAGGCCUCCUUUAAGCUGAAAAAGGAAUUUAUCAGUAUUAUUAAUGUUUUUUAAAACUGAUUAUUUGGCUGUGCAUACCAGGGCAAAAUUUACCAUCAUUGUUGUAAGAGAACACAAAAAAUAACUUAACUGAUGCUUAGCAUUAGAGCACUCCUGUGAUACACAGUUUAGCCAGAAUUUUGUGAUUUCAUUUAAAAGAUCUGUGAUGACACUGCUGAACCAGAAAUCCUGCCGCGUUUUUUGUUGGUUUAUUUUUGAAUUCCACUCUCCAUGUGUAUACUUUAAUUUUUUUUUUAAAAGAACUUUUUCUCCCUUUGUGUUUUUUGUUGUUGUUAUCAUCAACAUGUAAUGAUCACAAAACUGCAGGAUAUUAUGUGUUCACUAAAAUUGCAGUAAAAUAUAACUGACAACUUUUUUUAUGACUCCAAAUCAUCCAGCCACUUAAAUUUAACUUGUCAUGGUCACCUGAUUAUUUUGAUGAGGGGGCCUAAAAAAAGUAAAAAGUUAACUUAUGCCGUUAAAUAAAAUUUGUUGGGGAUAAAUUUUUCUUAAUAAUGUCAGGAACUAACAACUUAAGUUAAAGUAUAGUAUUAUGCUGCAAUAAAAGUAGUAUGCAAUGCACCAAAUAGGGUCUAUGUAAAUUUUUUUUAGUAGAGAUAAGUAUAUAUAUAUAUACUGUACAUGUUUCUAUUUAAAUGACAUAAAGAAAAAGCAGAAAACACUAGGGGGGAAAAAUUGACAUUUUCUAUCCUGGUAACGAAUUAUUUUUUCCAUAUUUUCCACACACCGUAAAUUUCGGGCUAUUAACCUCAAUUUUUCCCCCCAAGCUUAAACAGUAAUGCAGCUUUACAGAUUUUUCGUAUUCCAAAUUAAUUUUUCAAUGAGCUCCAUGUUCAAGUAUUAACUGUCUGAAGCACACCCUCCCACUCCCCAUCAUAACAAAUCAUAACAAAAUCGAGAUGAAAUGACUAUGAUGCAGCUUUCAUGUAUAUAUUUGCGGCUUAUAUAAACAGGUGUGCUCAAUAGACCAAAAUUUACAGUAAUAAUCAAAUAAAGGAUCACAAUCUAACUUUAGUUAGGUCAGUUUUGAACAGUGUUUGUUUUUUGUUUUUUUUUUCAAUUAUUUACUUCUUUAAUUAACCCCCAUAUUUUACAAGCACGUACAAUAACUUGUUGUGAAGUGAUAAUCCAUGAGCUUUUUCAUGUACUAGCUGUGAAACAAUGGUGGAAAAAAAGGCAGAAAAUAUGCACCUUUUUGGUUCCCUGUAACAUUUCAAUCAAAAUGUUUCAGCAGCGGUCACAAUCAGAAUGUCAGCACCAAGAUCUCUUUUUAUAUUGUGAAAAGGCAGUUGUGUCAUUAUCUGAAAGAAUUUUUUUUGUUUCCCUUCAUGUGGCUCUCAUGUUUAUCUCAUGAAGCUGAUUUUAUGUCACUUUAGUGUGAUGUUGUGAUGAAGGAAAUGUGAUGUUUAGAUGUAAUUUGCUUGUUAUCAUGCAUGUGAAUCAUUGAAAUGCAUUGCAACUACAUUUUAAAGUAGUUCACAAGAGCUGCUACAACAAUUAGUGUACAAAUGUAUGGGCAUGGUCCAUACCCAUGCUACUAUUGCUGGUAGCAAACACUCCUGCUUGUACAGGUUAUGCUUGUUUUUUGUUUUUUAUGAAUUCUAUGUAGUUGACAUUAGAGUAUGAACAUGUUGAUGCUGUUAUUUGUUUAGGUGAGUUAUAGAAUUAAUAUAUAGAUGUUACAUAUAGUUAUGGAUGUUAAUAUUUGUGUUUAUAGCCAUAUGGAAUGUGAUAUGUUAAAGAAUCCAAACCUAUUACAUCCCAUUUUCCAUGUGCAUUAAGUGUUUGAACUGUGAUAAAGAUUGAAAUUAAUGAACUGAUGUUUUUUCCCUGUGUUUUAGCAUUGCAAAGUGUGCUGCAUACAAAGUCUUUUUGUGUAACAAACAUGUUUGAAAAACCCUGUUGGGUAUGACUGUAGGCAAAUCUGUGGCCAGUAAUGAAUGUAUAUUUAAAUCCCAUCUAAUUUGAACCUUUUUUCAGUUUGCUCUUAAUAUAAUGUAUCUUAAAGCCUUUCUAGAGAUUCUGAAAAUUAUGUGUGUGUGUGUGCAUGUGUGUGCUUGUUGGCCAGCUGGCUUGACAAAUUGCAUUUGGUCUCCUCUAAAGGGAAUUCUGCAUUUCUGCAGUAGCGUUUUGAAUCUCUUCCAUUUUCCAUUUUUUGCGAAAGAGCUAUAUAUUUUUGUAUGAAUUGUAUAUUGUUACAAUUGAUUUUGGGAUUUAAUCGAUUAACACUGAGGGUGGUUAAUGGAUGGGGGAGAGAAUGUAAGAAGAGAAGGUUUGGUUGUUUUAGUAUUGUAAAUGUCUUUUGGUAUUUAUAUGCCAUUAAGAAAUAAGAAUGGUUCAUAUACACUAUUCACUUCAAAUUAGUAUUUUAGCUUGCGCGAAAUAAUGAGUAACUUUAUAAAUCAAAGAAAGUUAAGUUUUAUUUGGUAGGAAUAUAAGCGGCUGGUAGAGGUGUGAGUGAAGGGAGGUGAAAACAUUUCAGUAAAAUAUAAUUAAAAGGAGAUGGUAGUGGGGGUGAAAUAGACUUUAUAAGAAAAGUUUGAGAGGUGAUGAAGGAAGCUGAAAACAGAAUGUUGAGGGAGAGUAACAGAAGAGGAAGACAUGAGAGCAUGCUGCUAUCCUUGGCCUGUUUCUUGUGGCUGCUGUCUGUCCCAGAGUUGAUGCCAUGCCUGCCAUGCUAAGGAGACAGGUCAUGCUCUGUCUGUAUAUGACAAGUAGCACCAUGAAUGUGUCCUGUGGUCUCGCUUUGUCAAUUGACGACUAUUUUUUUUAAAAUGAUCAGACCAUUAUUCCAAGCCUCAUGCCCUUCCCGUGUUUCAGUAAUGCCCAGCUAAGCUGCAGGCUUUGCAAAGCUGGGCCUGCCUUUUAAAGUCUAUACUACUCAAAGUUAACAUGGGACUGGCAGUCUAAAGCAACCAGUGUGUCCUAUAAGCCAGUUUUUUAAUUGUUUUUUUUAUGGUCAGCUUUUUUGACCCAUGUAUCAUGUUUUUUGUUUGCAUUGCCUGGAUGUACAUAAUUUUUUUCAAUGGUUAAUAAUAAAAUACUAAACAAAUUGAAUUAUUCAAUGUAAUAGUUCCUUAUUAAAAUUUACUUAACUGUAUAGAAAAUAGGAUUCUUUCUGACAUUUUAAUAAAUGUAAUUAAUGAUUGCAAUGAUCAUCCUUAUAAAUGCAUUACAUAAAUGGAACAGUUCUGCAAAAAAUGACAACAGCAAUAAUCAAAAUGACAAGGAAAACAAAGUUUAACAAGUGAUAUUACCAUGACAGUCUAGGUUUUAAUCUGUUCCAAUCAUGUUAUUUAUGUUUUAGAGUGAUGAGGAAAAAAGACUCAGUUUGAUCAUUAUUUGCAAGUAUUGGUGUUAGUUUAUAAAUUUCAAGAGCCCAUGUGACUUUAGUACUUUGUCACACAAUACCUCACAGACCUGAGCAAUGUACAGCUAGAACCUGAAACAGUUAACAGUCUUAUUUAGAGAUAUCGUUGUGUUUUGGUAAGUUUGUAAAGCUUGUCAAAUGUUUUACUUUCCAGUGCUAAUUAAUUUGUGGAGUAUGUAUAGCAUGUAUUCAUGUGUGGAUGUAGGUAUGUAUGUAUUUAUGUUCAUAACUUUUGUGCAGUAGUAAAGUUGCUAUCAUCCACUCACAUGUUGCAUGUUAUUUAAAAGAACUGUUUUAUUUUUGUGUUGUAAAGAGGCCUGUACUGUUUUAUGUAUGUAAAAUAAUAUCUGAACGGGUUCACACUUGUACAUCAAUGGUGGUGUAAGAGAUAUAGAUACAUAUACAAACUAUCAGCUAAAAAUUACUUAGGAAAAUCUGAAAGCUGCACAUUUUUACCGUUUUAGCACAUCCAGUCACUCUAGACAUUAAAAAAACAUCAGACAUCCACAUACACUUUUUCACUUCAAAAAUAUUUUGAAUUGAAACUGAUGUCACUUGUUGCUAACAUGACAUAUCUUGGUGGUGGGUGGAAGGGGGACAAAGGGAGACUGCUUGAGCUACUGGUCCAGAAACCUCCUGUCCUGCUGACAGCUCAAUCUGUUGUUUCCUGUGCUUUUGGCCAUGAAUAACCCUGAUGUAUUUCCUUAUGUUGUGAUACAAUUAAAGACAAAAUAGUCUGCA